CGGCAGCAAAGAGUCUCGAUUCGCGCGGCGCGGGGAGCCAUGCGCUGCGGGCUGUGAUGUCCGCGGAACAGGAGAAGGACCCCGUCGCGCUCAAGAGGUCCCGAGGUGGUGAUAGUGGAUUGGAUGGGUUAGGAGGACCAGGAGUACAACUUGGAAGCCCAGAUAAGAAAAAGCGCAAGUCAAAUACUCAGGGGUCAUCUUUUCCUCCUCCAUCUGAAUAUGCUCCACCACCGAAUCCAAGCUCUGACCACCUUGUAGCUGCCAAUCCCUUUGAUGACAACUAUAAUACUGUCUCUUAUAAACCACUAUCUUCAGGAAGUCCUUAUUUUAGCAAUCCUGGUUAUCCUGGCUUUGGAGGCUAUAACACUUUCAGAAUGCCCCCUCACAUGCUGCCCAGAAUGUCCUCACCGUACGGCGGUUCCUACUCUCUCAGAAGUCAACCACACGCACUCCCUCAGAACCCCGUGGGAAUGGGUUUUAAUCGACCUCACUCUUUCAACUUUGGUCCCCAUGAUAAUACAGGUUUUGGAAAUCAGCCAGCUUAUAACAGUGGUCAGAUGCCUCAAAAUGUCAAUAUACCGAGUCAACAUUUCAGACCUAACCCUGGUGAGAAUUUUGGUCACAUUCCUCCACAAAAUUCUAAUCAAAUACCACACCCUGACCUGCCAUCUAAUUUUGGGCCUGGAAACAGUCAACAUUUCCCAAAUUCCCAGUUAGAUUCAAACCAUUCUUUUGUUCCACCCCCCAGCACAUAUAAUCAGACAAAAACAUCAGCACAAAAACAAGACUUUAGUCAAGGAGCAAACAAAACCUCCAGCCAGAACGCUACUACUCAUCAGCAUCACCACAGAACGGAUGAUAUUGUAAAUCAAGGUAACACUGAUUUAAAAACAGUUAAUCGAAACAAUGUAGUAAAUCAAGACAACAACCAUCCUAAUAACGGUGAUAACACUAAUAGUCGUGCUAAUGGGACCCAGAACAAGUCCCGUCAGGCUAGACCUGCAGCUGAAGGAUGCAACUCUGAAAAGAGCAGCAAAACACCUCUCCAUCCCAGUCGUCAUGGUCAUUCAUCCUCUGAGCCAGUCUAUCCAUGUGGAAUUUGUACACAUGAAGUUAAUGAUGACCAGGAUGCCAUCUUGUGUGAAGCUUCUUGUCAAAAAUGGUUUCAUCGGAUCUGUACAGGGAUGACUGAAUCAGCGUAUGGCCUUCUUACUGCAGAAGCAUCAGCAGUAUGGGGCUGUGAUACCUGCAUGGCUGAAAAGGAUGUCCAGUUGAUGCGCACUAGAGAAACUGCUGGGCCACCUACACUGAAUACUGAUGGGUGAAGACAUGCUUUGAUGUGGUGAGCUACAGAAGUACAGCUGUUAAUACGUAAUUCAUCUUCUGCAGACAAUCAAGCUUUGUUUGAUUGGUUCUUUAUGUAGUCUAAUUAUUUCCACUCAUUAAAUUCCAUCUCAGUUUCUGUACUCUUAGUUUAGGCUUGCGAGUGUUGAAACUUUGAUCAGAAACAUUACAAAACAUUUGAAUCUGCAAAACAUGACUGAUGUUUAUUUGAUCACAAGCAGGUUUUGCAUAUUAAAAAUGUAUUUACUGAAUUAUUGAUGUCAGAACUUACGACUCCAUGAAUACAAGCUAACAGUAAGUUCUGAGCCUUAAUGGUACUAUAUAUUGGAAGCAUUCAUUUUGUGACUGUCCACUGCAGUUUAGCUGAUGUCAGUGCCAUGCCCCCUUUAAAGAAGUGGAAUGAAGGAAGAGGAGUAUUUAUGAUUUUUAAUGGUUUUACAGUGAAUGCUAAAGAUUUGAAAUGUGCUUUAAUAUUUCUGAAAGGAUGACAUAUCCUGUUUAUUUUAAUAUUUGUGACAUUUACACUUAAUACAAUGAAACCUCAGCAAUCCUCUCAUAUUCAUAUUUCCAAAAAAAGAAAUGUUGUUUCCUGAUUUCUCAGCAAGUAUUUAGUUGCAAAGGACUUCCAUGAGUUCUUGUGUUACUAUGAAUUCACAAUAUUUACAAAAUAUAUGAUAGAAGUGCAUUUAAAAUUUAAAAAAAAUAUAUUUUUGUUAAGCUACCAUUCAAAAGUUAGGGAUGUCAUAAUUAAGGCUGUUCAUUCAACCUUAAUUUGGUCAUCUUGUGUAUAUGCACUACGAUACAGCCUGUAAUUGCAUUAUCAUGUUCUACCUCCUUUUACAGCAGCAUGAAGAAGAGCACAGGAAAGAGUAUCUUUCUUUCCUCUUUCAGUGUCCCACACUACAGUGACCCAAGGCAGCUGGGGUGAGCAGUUACAGAGGAAGUCCUGCUCAUCUCCUGCAGCUAUCUGCUGGAGCAUACUUGGUCUCCCUUUGGGGAUAACUUAUGCAUAGCCCAUUUGGAUUUGUGAGGGGGUGGAGCAUGUUUAACACAGACCAAAUCUUACAAGAACUUAGUGUUCCUUUUUUUCGGUUGUGUAAUUUGUCAAAAAAUGGGUGAUUUUUUUCCACAGGUAAAGGAAAAGUUACAACCCCGACACUACAGUGGCCUCUCUGCUGAACUUCCUCUAUGUUCCAAAGUUCUGGAUCAUCUCAACAAAACGGUUUUGAGAUUUUUUUUUUAAAUGGG